AGGGAUAUGUCAAAGUCAACAUUCGAGAUUUGACGACUGUCAAUAAAAUUCUCUAGCACCAUAAUAUUUUUAAUUAUUUUUGAAAUUCCACAUAUUUAUUUCUUUUACAAUGGGUUCCUCACAAAGUGCUGAAGUACCUGGAGGUGGUUCAGAGGGUUACCAUGUUUUGCGGGUUCAAGACGGUUCUCCAGGUCACCAAGCGAAUUUGGAACCAUUUUUUGAUUUUAUUGUAGCAAUAGAAAAUAUAAGACUGGACCAAGACAAUGACACUCUCAAAGAUUUGUUAAAGAAAAACAUUGAUAAAACAAUUAAAAUGCUAGUAUAUAGCAGUAAAACGCAGUCGGUCAGGGAAGUACAAAUUACACCGAGUAAUAAUUGGGGAGGACAAGGACUUCUGGGUGUAAGCAUUAGGUUUUGUUCCUUUGAAGGUGCUAAUGAAAAUGUAUGGCAUGUUUUGGAAGUGCAUCCUACAUCUCCAGCUGAAAUAGCAGGCCUAAGGCCAUUCACAGAUUAUAUAAUUGGAGCCGAUUCUAUAAUGCAUGAGAGUGAAGAUUUGUUUACUUUAAUUGAAGCUCACGAAGGAAGAGCCUUGAAGUUGUUUGUGUACAAUACAGCUGAUGACACAUGCCGUGAGGUGCACAUCACACCCAAUCACAAUUGGGGUGGUCAGGGUAGCCUGGGAUGUGGGAUAGGCUAUGGAUACUUGCAUAGAAUUCCAAUAAGAAAUAGUUCUGCACCUAAUGAAAAUCCAUAUACUCCAUCCACACCAAUGGUGUCAUCACAGAGUGUAAACAUUCAACAAAAUCUGGCUUCGAAUCUGCAAAAUCUUAGUAUAAAUGAUGAAAAAGUUCCACUUGUAAGUGGUGCUCAGAGUGCAAUAUCGCAAGAAGGACCAAUACAGAAUCAUCCUCCGCCGCCUUUCUUAUCCGGAGUCCCUAUGGUCAACCCUGGAGCAAACUAUAGUACUUCGGAAUAUAGUGCUCCACAACCUGUUAUGUCACAACAACCAAUUUCACAAGCACAAUCUGUUGUCUCAAAUAUGGCUGCAUAUUCCAGUAAUUUAGCGGAUGCAACAUUGACAAAUCUUGGCAGCAUACCUUCAGUGUCACACAUGCAGCCCCCAGCUCCGCUGCCCAACCUGCCAGGCAUUCCGAUGAACCAGCCACAGCCCUACAUACCCAUGAUGCCGAGUUACACGCAGCCGCAAGUCCCUACUCCUGUGACUUAUCCACAAGACACACAAAACUUGGUACCCACAUUUGAUAUGAGUAGUUUUAACCAAUCAAUGAUGCUCCCACCGAUGAGCAGUGGUAUCCCAGUGGUGACUCCGGUGUCUCUGCCUGGUAUGCCUUCUAUAACAGUAAGUGCGACUCUACCAGUCUCCACAAUGCAGGAAAUACAUCAACAGCAAACUCAACAGCAAGACUUAUUAUCCUAAAAUGGUGUUCAUUGCAAAUAACGCCUUAUUACAUUAAGUAUAGAGUUCACUUGUUCAAUGAAUCUAUAUAUAUUUGUUUUGUUUCUCGAUUGUUCUACGAUGUAAUGAAUGUUUAUUGACAGGAAGGCAACCA